CGUAUGGGACCCACAUGCGAUGUGAUAGCUUUUGUGUGCGGGGACCAGGUGAUUCCAGUUUGUUCCAAGUUUUGGGGUAAGCUGGGUAGCAAAGUUAAUUCAAAGUCAACAAAGUAGUCAAUGGUUUACCAUAGCCAAUCCGGCUAUGUUUCAUUACUUUGCUCUACGACUAUGAAUUGCAAUUGCAGAGUAUUUGGGAAUUGUUAUCAAUGGAUGCCAAUCUCUUACCCUCCUCAUCAUCUUCUCCAAUUUCAUUUAUCUUAAUCUUCAUAUUCUUCCUCACAAUUCCUCAAAAAUCUUCAGGCUUCUUCAAUGGAUUCUCCGCCUGCAGUAACAGGUUCAUCUGUGGAAACCUCACCAAUGUGGGCUAUCCUUUCUGGGGAGAUGGCAGGCCUGAAUCUUGUGGAUACCCUCAUCUCCAUCUCAACUGUGAGCGCAAUAUCGUGACAACCAUAGAGAUCAUGAAUGUGAAAUACCAAGUAUUGAAGCUAAAUCUGAGCACCCAAAUUCUCAAAAUCGCUCGGGCUGAUUUCUUGAAUGGAUCUUGUCCUUCCACGGAAUCGUCACAGAAUCCAGUCUUUGAUUCAGCACUUUUUGAAUAUGCUCAAGGAUAUGGAAAUCUAACAAUUCUUUAUGAUUGUUCUUCAUCAGGAAGAUUCACUUUCUGUCCCGUUAAAUUCCACAAAAGAUCGGGAAGAUUUGCAGCUGUAAGUUAUAGGGCAACGAAUCCAUUGAGGAAUCAGAAUAAUCAAACUGGGUCAUCAUGCAGUAAAAUUAUAGUUGGGGUUUCUCAAAGCUACAAUUCGUCCGAAAUCAAAGAGGCUCUCAGAAAAGGAUUUGAAGUGAAAUAUGAGGUGGAUAAUGAAUAUUGUAAUGGUUGUACAGGAUCUGGCGGAGUUUGUGGUUAUGAGUCAAUGAAACCAACUUGCUACUGUGAAAAUCAAAGUUAUGGCAAUGGGACCUGUAUUACUUCCGUACAACCAUCAGCACAGGCACCAGCACCAGCAAUGAACACCCUACACCAUGGACCUUUCGAAGUUAAAGCAGGAUCAUCCUUGGGGCGUAAUUCGGUCAUAGGUAUUGGAGCAGCUAUAGUUGUGAAUUCCAUACUUGCAAUUGUCAUCGUAUGUUUUUACAAGAGAGAAUGCCUAACGAGUAAAAUAGCAAUUUUUUGGAAGAAAGAUAGAAGAGAGGAGUUUGAUGUUGAUGCAUUUUUGAGUAACUAUGGAUCAUUUGCCUCUAGGAGAUAUAGUUACUCGAAUAUUAAGAAAAUGACAAACUCAUUUGUGGAACCAAUAGGAAAGGGAGGGUUUGGUACCGUAUACAAAGGAAAGUUACAUGAUGGUCAUCCUGUUGCAGUGAAAGUCCUAAAUGAAUCCAAGGGUAAUGGACAAGAAUUUAUCAAUGAAGUUGUCAGCAUUGGUAGAACUUCUCAUGUAAAUAUAAUCACUCUUCUUGGAUUUUGUUAUGAGAGAACCAAAAGGGUACUGAUUUAUGAGUAUAUGGCCAAUGGAUCCCUGGAUAAGUUCAUAUUUAACAAAGAUUCUUUGAAUCUAAACAGUCAGCUAGAUUGGAAAAAAUUAUAUGACAUUGCUGUGGGCAUUGCACGAGGACUAGAAUAUUUACACCGAGGUUGUGGCACAAGGAUUUUGCAUUUUGACAUAAAACCUCAAAAUAUUCUUUUGGAUAACGAGUUUUGUCCAAAGAUAUCUGAUUUUGGCCUUGCAAAACUUUCUCAAACAAAAGAGAGCAUUGUGUCAAUGAUGGGUGCUAGAGGAACUCCGGGAUAUAUUGCACCUGAAGUAUGGAGUAAAAACUUUGGUGGAGCAUCUUAUAAAUCUGAUGUUUAUAGCUAUGGUAUGAUGGUUCUUGAAAUGGUUGGGGGAAGAAAGAAUAUUCAGCCUACAGCAUCUCAUACUAGUCAAAUAUACUAUCCAGAUUGGAUAUAUGAGGAUUUAGAAUUGGACAAGGAUUUAAGAAAUUUGGAGGUUAAAACAGAGGAAGAGAAAGAAAUAACUAGGAAGAUGGUAUUAGUGAGCUUUUGGUGCAUUCAGAUAAAUCCAUUAAAUCGACCAUCAAUGAGCAAAGUGGUAGAGAUGCUACAAGGAAGCCUCCAAAGCUUGCAAAUUCCGCCAAAGCCAAUAUUGUUUUCGGAAAACAUCUCCCAUGAACUUGCAAUUUCAAUUCAUUCAUUCAUUUUCUUCACCUUACAACCUCUACACGAAAUGAACUCCAAAUUUUACUCAUUCCCACCCUCUCCUCUUCUUCUUCCUCUUAUUCUUCCACUUUCUUGUCUGUUACUUUUCAUCAACUUUCCUCCAUGUUGGAGCUUAGACAUGUUCACAAUCUGCAGCAAGCAAUUCUCUUGUGGGAAUAUUAGUGGCAUAGAUUACCCUUUCUGGGGUGGUGAUCGUCGGAAAGAUUGUGGACUCCCUCAUCUACAUCUUCUUUGCGAUGGAAACCUUACCACCAUACAGAUUAUGGGUAUCAAAUACAAGGUUUUAGACAUAAACCAAAAAGACCAAAUCCUCAAAAUCUCAAGAAACAAUUUAGUCAGCAAUUACUGUUCACCAAAUCAUCCAAACACCACCUUUGAUCCCAAUCAAUUUCAAUACGCUCCAGACUCCCGUGAAAUUACGAUUCUGUAUGAUUGUCCUGAUGAAAAUGAUCCAACUGGCAUCCAUGAAGGUUUCAAUUGUCCACCUGGUUCUGCUUAUAAGGGAGGCUUCAUAACAAUUGAACGUCAACAUAUGAUAUGUAACGGGAGCCUCAAAGUUGGUUUUCUACGAAGUUAUCUCGAGGAAGAAACGGAGUCGAAUUCGGCGGGGAAAAUUGAAAAGGCUCUGAGAGAAGGUUUUGGAGUAAAAUAUAAGAUGGAUAAUAAGUCUUGUUUGGAUUGCACCAAAUCAAGAGGAGCUUGUGGUUACGAUUUGUUGUCCAACCAAACAACUUGCUACUGUGAUGGAUAUGAUCUAUCACCUAGGGAAUCCACAUGUCCUUUUUCUUCUUCGGCAUCACCCAGUCCCACAGGCCAGUUACAAGAUACUCAAGUUGCUAAAUCUUCUCUGAAGCGUCAUUUGGUCAUAGGUAUUCUAGUGGCUGGACUAGGCCUUUUGAUAAUUUGUUCUGCAAUUCUUAUUUUCUACAUUCGUAAUUGUAGAAAAGAUAAAACAGAAAAGUUUGAUGUGGAGGCAUUUAUAAGGAAUUACGCGUCAUUAUCCCCAAGGCGAUAUAGUUAUACGCAAGUCAAAAGAAUGACAAACUCAUUUGCAGAUUCAAUAGGUAAAGGAGGAUUUGGUUCUGUAUACAAAGGAAAAUUGCCUGACGGUCGUAUUGUUGCAGUAAAAGUCUUAAAAGAAUCUGAAACCAAUAGUGGAGAAGAUUUUAUCAACGAAGUUGUUAGUAUGGGUAGAACUUCUCAUGUUAAUAUAGUCACUCUUUUCGGAUUUUGUUACGAGGGAACCAAGAGAGCUCUGAUUUAUGAUUACAUGCCUAAUGGAUCUCUUGAUAAAUUCAUAUUUGAUCAGGAAUCUCUGGAUGCAACUCGUUGCCUAGAAUGGAAAACAUUGUAUGAAAUUUCUCUUGGCAUUGCACAAGGACUAGAAUACUUGCAUCGCGGUUGCAACACAAGGAUUUUGCAUUUCGAUAUAAAACCGCAAAACAUUCUUUUGGACAAAGAUUUUUGUCCAAAAAUAUCGGAUUUCGGGCUAGCGAAAUUGUGGCUAAACAAAGAAAGUAUAGCAUCGGUGAUGAGCGCUAGAGGAACUGCAGGGUAUAUAGCCCCGGAAGUAUUCAGUAGGAAUUUUGGUGGAGUGUCACAUAAAUCUGAUGUUUAUAGUUAUGGGAUGCUAGUUCUUGAAAUGGUUGGAGGAAGAAAGAAUAUGGAUCCUUCAAUUUCUCAUACUAGUGGAAUAUACUUUCCUUGUUGGAUUUAUGAGUACUUGAAAUUGGAUAAAGAUUUAAGAUUUUUAGAAGUGAAAACGGAGGAAGAAGAAGAAAUGUCAAGGAAAAUGGUGUUAGUGAGCUUUUGGUGCAUUCAGAUAAAUCCAUCACAUCGACCACCAAUGAGUAAAGUUGUAGAAAUGCUGGAAGGAAAUCUUGAAUCUGUUCCCAUUCCGCCAAAGCCAUUCUUGUUUUCUCCUCCAAGGUCUCCUCAACAUUCCACAAGUUUGUCUACAAUAGAGGGAAGUUUAGCUGAAUCAUUCUAAGUUACUCUCUCUCUCUCUCUCUCUUUCAGUUUCUAGGUUAUUUAAUAUAUUAUGUUUGCAAUAAGUCGGAUGAUUAGUAAUCUUGUACAGAAUAUAUAUUGAUGACAAAUAUUUAUUAUGUUUUAGAUCCAAA